AAUAUGAUACCGCUGAAGAAGAACCAGAUAUUCAUUUCGAAAAAAUUAAGGAUCCAUACAUUAAUAGAAUAGCAGAAGCCGGAAAAUUUAAUGAAGGUGAGGUAUGUGAUUACUAUGCAUUCGUGCCAAAAGGAUAUUAUGCAGAAAACGAACCACUAGGUUUCUUUGAAUCAAUCGAAGAAAAGAUUGCUAAUGUUUACAAAAGUGAGUUAGCUUUAAAGGGUGGAUUAAAGCAUGAAACUAUAGAAAUUAUUAGAGAAAAUCGAAUUAACGCAACUAUAGAAAAAGGGUAUAACGAAAUUGUAGACCAGAUUGAGGAUGAAGCAUUACAAGAAUCAGGAUGGACAUUUGUUCGAGCAGAAGAAGUAUUUCUUGAAAUAAGCGCAUUCAGACCAUUACGAGGUAGUAGUUGGUUACCUUUACCAGAAGAUUUAGAUAAGCCACAGCUCGGUUUAAUUAAUCCACAAAAUUUCAAAGACAAUGAAUGUUUUAGAGAUUGUGUUAAUAUACACCAUGCGAGAGAAGAUGCACUAAAAGCAGGACAAAAACCUACACAUCUUGAACGUGUAAGCAAGAUUAGACGAUAUGGUAAUAUAGCUAAUUUUGAAGGCAUAAAUUUUCCAGCAACACUACGUGAUGUUGAUAAAUUUGAGGAAAAUAACCCAAACUAUGCUAUAAAUAUAUUUAGGCCAGUGUAUAAAGAAGUGUUCGGAAAAAUAAAAGUAGAUAUAGACCCAUUACAUAUCUCUGAAAGAAAUUAUCAAGUCGAACAUAUGAUAGAUUUAUUAUAUUUAACAGAAGGUGAAGAGAAUUUAAAUGAUCGAAAAAAUACAAAUGAUAUACCAGAAGGAUUAAAAACGCAUUACGUAUUUAUAACAGAUUUUACUCGAUUAAUGCAUUUAUUAGAAAAGCAUAUUCCAACAUGUCCAGGACCAAGUAAAGCACCACAACGAUUAAUCCUUCCUGAAGAGGAAGCAGAAGAAAUCGAAGUGGAGGAAAAAGAUAAAGAAGGAAAUACUAUAAAAAUAGCAGAACAAAAAGCAGUUUCAUAUGGAUAUACAAUACAUUGUUCAGAUGGAACAACACAAAAGCCAGUAAUUAAUCGAGAAUCGGAAAAUAUAAUAAAAGACUUAAUGGAAAACCUUCAAGAAGAUCUAGAUGUUAUUUUAGAUAAGCUCUGUGAUCCACUUCCAUGUGAAAAAAUGACACCUGAAUUAUGGCGAAAAUAUCAAAUGGCAAAUAAGUGUUGGAACUGUGAUGGAAAAUUACAUGAAGUUGGGUAUAAUAAAAUUCGUGUAUUCGAUCCUGAAACUAAAAAAUAUUUAGGUGCUUCGCAUAGGAAAUGCCAUGGGAAAAAGCCAAUAAUUCAAGACGAAGGAAAAAAUAGAGUACUAGAUCAUGACCAUAUUACAGGAAAAUUUCGAGGAGCAUCACAUAGUGAAUGCAAUCUCAAAUUACGAAUCGAUCCAGAAACAAUAAAAAUCCCCGUACUAAUUUGUAAUGGAAGUGGUUAUGAUUUCCAUCAUCUUAUGCAAGAAAUAGCAAAAGUGACGGAUGAAAAAAUAGUGCCGAUAGCAAAUAAUUCAGAACAAUAUAUUACUUUCUCG